GCAAGCAGUAGAGCGAGCUCAUUACCAAGAUCUUCCAAAGAUCUGACAUGAAACCAUAAUUUAUUUACCCUUUUUUUCUUAACUCAGAAACAGAAUUGCAGGAAAUAGAUUUCGUAUUCUGUUUUUCAAUUCCACUUUCAGAAUGUUGAGAGAUUUCAAAUUCUUGAGGCGAAACGCGAGCAACAAUGAGGAGGUCGAGAAUGUUCCGGUGAACCCUAAAGACUCGCAAGCUUAUCAACCGAGCAGUGAUGGAUUGAGUAGGCCUCCUUUCAACACGAUUCAAGAUCCGAAAACAAAGGCUAAACCAGAGCCGGAAGGGAGCAUUCGGAGCAGAAUCGAUAGGACUCCAACUAAGCCCAAAUGUAAACUGCCAGAUUCGACAUUGCCUCUCAAAACCCCGGAUAAGCAUGGGUUUUCGACUAAAAUCAGGUAUGGUUGGACGAAGAAUGAAGCGGCCGAAUCGGAUUUGCUUAAUGGCGGGUCAACAAAUAUGACCCCGAGGGUGAGUAGGGGAACAGGGAGAGCAACUUCGAGUUGUUAUUCUGAGAGUAAUUCGACACAGAGUACGCCGACUAAGAGCGUUGUUAGUAAGCCUCAGGUUUCCGGUUAUAGGAACAAAUUUGAUGGGAAUGGAGGGAUGCGUGGAGGGAACUUUUCUGCAUUGUACAGAGGAAUUCCUAGCUCUUCUUCUUGUGGUCCGGUUACUGUUGUGAAUACUGUCGAAGUUCCUCACUUUGACCUUAAAGAAGAUCCCUCUUUUUGGAUGGAUCACAAUGUACAGGUUCUUAUUCGUGUCCGUCCUCUCAAUGACAUAGAGAGGAACACAAAUGGCUACAACAGAUGCUUAAAGCAAGAAAGUUCUCAUAGUAUUGCUUGGAUUGGGCAACCAGAAACUAAGUUCACGUUUGAUCAUGUGGCAUGUGAAACUGUAGACCAGGAAGUUCUUUUUAGGAUGGCCGGUCUGCCGAUGGUAGAAAAUUGUUUAUCCGGCUAUAACAGCUGUAUGUUUGCCUACGGUCAGACAGGAAGUGGCAAGACUUAUACAAUGCUUGGAGAGAUUGAAGAUUUGGAAGUCAAGCCGAGUCCCCACAGGGGCAUGACACCGAGGAUAUUUGAGUUUUUGUUUGCAAGAAUUCAAGCUGAAGAGGAAAUCCGAAGAGAUGAGAAAUUAAAAUACAAUUGCAAGUGCUCUUUCCUUGAGAUUUAUAAUGAGCAAAUAACUGAUCUUCUUGAUCCCUCUGCUACCAACUUGCUUCUGAGGGAAGAUGUUAAGGAAGGAGUGUACGUGGAAAAUCUCACUGAGUUUGAAGUUCAGAAUGUGAGCGAUAUUUUGAAGCUUUUAUCUCAGGGUUCUUUGAAUAGGAAAGUUGCUGCAACAAACAUGAACAGGGAGAGCAGUCGUUCGCAUAGUGUUUUUACCUGCGUUAUUGAGAGCAGGUGGGAAAAAGAUUUCGCAACUAAUUUGCGGUUUGCAAGAUUAAACCUGGUUGAUCUUGCCGGUUCAGAAAGGCAGAAAACUUCUGGGGCUGAGGGUGAGCGUUUAAAGGAAGCAGCUAGCAUAAAUAAAUCUCUAUCAACACUAGGUCAUGUAAUUAUGAUUCUUGUGGAUGUGGCUAAUGGAAAGCCUCGGCACAUUCCAUAUAGAGACUCGAAGCUCACCUUUCUUCUUCAGGAUUCACUUGGUGGAAAUUCUAAAACAAUGAUAAUUGCUAAUGUCAGCCCUUCUAUCUGCUGUGCAAUUGAAACACAUAACACACUAAAGUUUGCUCAGCGAGCAAAAUUAAUUCAAAACAAUGCUGUGGUGAAUGAAGAUUCCACUGGAGAUGCCAUUGCACUACAAAACCAGAUACGACUUCUAAAGGAAGAGCUUUUGGCUCUUAAACGUCAGAAUGUAUCCCGGUCCUUGUCUUUUGGUUCAGCAAUCACUGCCGCAUUGCAAUUAGAAGAAAGUCCUGAUGAUAACACAUCUGAAAUGUGUCAGGAACAAGUUGAUGAUUUACUUGGAUAUGAAUCCAAAGGCACCGUGAGAAUGUCCGCUAAGCAGUUUAACUCUUUGGAGGCAACACUCGCUGGUGCCUUGAGAAGGGAGAAAAUGGGAGAAACUUGUAUCAAAAAGCUUGAAGCUGAGAUUGAGCAAUUGAAUCGUUUGGUUCGUCAUAGAGAAGAAGACACCAGAAGCAGUAAAAUGAUGCUUAGGUUUCGUGAAGACAAGAUUCAAAGAAUGGAAUCACUUGUUCGUGGGUCGUUGUCAGCAGAUUCUUUUUUGCUUGAAGAGAAUAAAGCACUCUCUGAAGAGAUUCAGUUACUACAGGCUAAAGUUGAUAAAAAUCCUGAAGUAACUCGUUUUGCAUUGGAGAAUAUAAGACUUUUAGACCAACUUAGAAGAUUUCAAGAAUUCUACGAGGAAGGAGAAAAAGAGAUACUAUUGGAUGAAAUAUACAAACUGCGGGAUCAGCUUCUUCAAUUUCUUGAUGGGAAGUCUAAUCAUCAUAGCUAUGCAAGUUCAAAUGAUCGUUUGCAGGAAGCUGUCCGCAUCAGCAAAGAAAAUAACUCCCUACAGUCUGAGUUGAAGAACACUCUCACUGAGUUAGAAGAAUGCAGGCACAACCUUAGUUCCUGCUUAGAUGAGAAUGCAAAACUUAGGAGAGAAAUUAACGAUCUACAUACUAUGUUAGAUAGCCUCAAGUCUUCAGCUUAUCAUCAAAAUAGCAAUUCCAGAACCAUGAAGGGUUCAGAUUGGAAUGCUGAUACAAUGGAGAUGAAUUCAGUUCAGACAAUGACAAGUCUGGAACAAAUUAUGGAUCUGCAGUUGGAACUGGAUAUACUAAAGAUUAUUCUUCAAGAAGAGAAAACAUCUCAUGCUGCAAUUGAAGAAAGAGAAAUCAGUUUGACUAGAGAUCUUGAGAUGGCAAAUGACAAACUUAUGAUGCUGAACAAACAAAUUGAAGAUACAAAUGGUGAACUAGAGGAGGCAAAGUCUGUAAUUGCCGCACUCGAGUCCCAACAAAUUUUUUCAAUCAAUGAGAUGGAGGACUUGAGGAAAAGCAAAAGUGAUCUUGUAAAGCUUUUGAGUGAACAAAAAGAUGAAAUUGUUGCCAUGAAAAAGAAACUUUCCAGUAGAGCUUUUAAAGAUGCUACACGACCUAAAAAGAUAGAGGGUGAAGAAUCCACCCUUGAGCUGAAAUUGAAGAGGAUGCACGAGUCUCUCGAGAAUGCCAAAAGGAUGACUAUCUGGUACCAAACUGAUCGUGCUUUCAAGGUUUCUAACAAAGAAGAAGUGGAUGAAAUCUGUCGGCAGGCUGAAGCUGAAACUGCUGAGGUUAUUGUCUGUUUGCAGGAAGAACUUGCUCUUCUUCAACAGCAAGUUCAAGAUUGUCAGUUGAAGGAGGUGGAGGCUCAAAAUGGUGCUGUCUUUUUAGAGACUAAAUUGAAGGAAUUGCAAGAAAAGGUAUGUAUGUUGACUGUAGAUAAUAAUCAGUUACUUGUAAAACUUGAAAUGAAAGAUGCAGAACUAAGAACAUUAACGGAGGACUGGGAACUGCUAAAUUCUGAGAUUGAAAACAUACUUGCUGAUGGUCAUGAAGAGCUUGUUGAUGCUGGUAAUCAACUGGAACUCCUUUCUGGUUCUUUUCCUCAGAGAAGGAUUUGGAUUUCUGAGAAAAAAGUUGGUAGGGUGGUAAGAGUACUGUCAGAAAAGGAAUUGCUGAUUGAAGAGCUCGGAAGAUGCCUGGAGGAUGCAACAGAUAAAAGAAGUGAGCUGGAGUCCAUGCUGAUGUCUUUGAGAGGUGCUGCACUGGUUAUCAAUGAAGCACAGCAGCAAGAAUACAAUGAAAAGGAGAAAGAAAUUGUUCUACUGAAGAAAGAAUUGAAUGAAAAAACAGCAAUCAUUACAAAGCUUGAGCAUAGAAUGAAGAUUGCUGAAGGUGACUUAAGAAAUGCAUCUGCUUGUGCAACUGUGGCUUUUGUAGUUGUGAAUAGACUAUCAGAGGCAAACCGUAAUCAUCUCGAUGCAUUGAAAGGUAAGGACAUCCAGCUGGCAGAAGAAAAUGUGAAAGAAAUUGUUCAAUUGAAGAAAGAACUGAAUGAAAAAACAUCAAUCAUUACAAAGCUCGAGGAUAGAAUGAAGAUUGCUGAAGGUGACUUAAGAAAUGCAUCUGCUUGUUCAACUGCUGCUUUUGUAGUUGUGAAUAGACUAUCAGAGGCAAACCGUAAUCGUCUUGAUGCGAUGAAGUGUAAAGACAUUCAGCUUGCAGAAUCAGCACAUGCACUAGCUCUGGAAGAAACUGUGAAUGACUUUGAAAAGCUGUUGGAAGUCAAGAUUGGAGCUGUCCAUCACAAGAUAAAUACAGUUGAGCAAACCAUGCAAGAAAUCAGUACUCAUUGGCGCCAGACAAAGGAGUUUCUGGAACUUGAAGUUGGUGAUGCAAAGAUAAUUGCAACUCAUGAAGCUUCAAAUGCUUCCUGUAUUCUUGCUAAAUUUGAGGAGGCACAAGAUACCAUAACAGAAGCAGAUGUUAUGAUCAAUGGGCUCAUGACUGCUAAUGAAACAAUGAAACUCGAUAUUAAGAGGCGGAAACAAGUGGAAACCACACUACUAAAUGAGAGGGAUGAACUAAUUAAUGAGGUGAAAGGUUUGCAAUCCAGUAAUACUGUGAAGGAUAAGCAACUUGAAGUCCUCGAAGAGCAGUUUGGCUCAAGUUUGAAAGAGACAAGGUUCAUGGUUGCCGAACUGGAGGGCCUCGUCACUGAAUUGCAAACUGCUUUUUCUCAAAGUGUCAUGACUGUAGCUUCUGAUUGUCACUGCCUUAAGUCUCUUAUGUUUGAUUCAAUGACGCUAGCAAGAUCAUGGCUUGAAGACAUCUGGUCGGAGAUAAUUGUGAAAGGCUGUGCAGUGUCAGUGCUUCACUUAUGUCAUAUGGGAAUUCUGUUGGAAACCUUGACAGGGCUAAAUGCGGAGAAUGGUUUGCUUCAGCAUGGCUUGUCCGAGUCGAAUGCUGUUAUAGCUGAUCUGAGGGAGCACAAUUCCAGGUCAAGAAGAGAGCUUGAAUUGUGUAGAGUUAUCAAGGGGAAACUUCUAGCUGAUAUCAAGAACAGUUUUGACCGAAUUUUAAAGAAGGAAGAGGAAACUGGUGAGCUCAGUGUCAAAUUAGUCACUUUCGAGAAAAAGAUAAAUGAUUUACAGUUUCAAGAGGAAGUUAUGUUGCAAAGGUCUAACCAUAUGGGAUCUCAACUUGCGGUUCUAAUGAAGGAGUUAGAUUUGAGUAACACAAAUUUUGUAACAUGCCUUCUUGAUCAAGAGCAACUGCUCAAAGAUAAAGAAGGGCAUCUGGAAUCUCAGGCUGAGAUUUCAAUGAUAGACUUGUGUACAAAAGACUUUGAGUCUCUUAUUUUGGCUUCAGAGAUGGAACAAAUGAUUGUCUACUUGGCUGGCUCCAAAAAAAUGCUUGCCAAUGCUUAUUCUGUCCUUGAUGGUUUAAAGCAAGACAUAAUUUUCGCACAAGUAGAUGCAUGUUUGAAAGAGCAGCUAAUGGUGGAGCAGGAAGGUGAGUUUUCUUUUCUACAAGAAAAGGUUGAAGAAGCACAUUUUGAGUUGAGAAAGUUCAAGAAAGAAAACUGUCUACUUCUACGGGACUUGGACAAGAAGAAAUAUGAUCUUCAAUCCUCUAUAAAUUGCCUCGACGCUUCCAAUCUUGAACUUCAGCAGUUGAAAGAAAAAACCUUUUCCAUGGAGACUUGCAUUACCAGUCUACAAACUGAUCUAGAGCUGAAAGCCAAUGAAUUGAAGAAACUCAGACAUUCUCAAUCUAUUUUCAUUGAGAAUUUAGGUUCGAAAACUCAAGAUUUGCGCAUUUUUAUUGAGAAAGUUAACAUGUUGAGGGAAGAGAAUGCUGCAAAAUGUGUUGAUUCUAUGGAAACUAUAAAUAUGACAGGUAGCAGGUUAUUCGGUACACUGAAUAAAGAAGGUGUUACAAUUGCUGAUAAAAUGGUUCACGAGUUGCGUGAUAAUGCAGAGAGGAUAUUAAAGUUCAUAGAAGAUUUAGAGUUCUUAGAGAAUAGAGUUGAAGAGAUGGCAUCUGAAAAUAUUUCUCCCCAUGAAGAGUUAUCGAGGAAAGAUGAGGUUUUGACAGGUCUAUUAUUUGAUCUCAGCCUGUUACAAGAGUCUACUUCUAAUACCAAGGAUCAUAAAGAUGAAAUUGAGGAAUUAGUUUCUUCUUUGGAGGCUUUAGAAGAUGAGCUUUCUGGUAAAUCAAGUGAACUUGAUGAGGCAGUUAGUCAUGGCCAUACGCUCGAAGUUCAACUGCAGGAGAAGCUCAAGAUUAUCACUAGUCUUCAGUCGGAUAUUACAAGAGAACGUGAGUCUUCGGAACAUCUCUACUCUGAAAAUGAGGAGUUGAAAUCUCGUAUUGAGGAUGCCUUGGCAGUAAAAAGUUCUCUUAAAGAUGAAUUAAGAGAGAGAAAGAAGAUCACUGAGAGCUUAGAGGUGGAAUUCUCAGAAAUGAGUAAUACCCUUUCUCAAAUGAAUGAUACCAUAGAAUUCUUGAGUGGUAAUCUGGAUGAACUUUCUGGUGAAAGAGAUGACCUUCAGAUGGAGGUUCUUAGCUUGGAAGAAAAGCUUAGAAAGGCACAGGCUGAGGCGAAACGAAGUGAAGCCAUUGCUAUGGAAGCUCAACAGAUGGCUGAAUUGAAGAAUACCUAUGCUGAAGAGAAGGAAGCUGAGGUAAAGCUAUUAGAGAGAUCUGUUGAAGAGCUAGAAUGCACCCUAAAUGUUUUGGAGAACAAAGUUGACAUUAUCAAAGGGGAAGCUGAACGUCUACAAUUACAAAGAGAGGAGCUAGAAUUGGAGCUGGAUGCUGUAAAAGUUCAGAUGCAGAAUGUUAAAAAUGCUGAUGCAGACAUGAAAAGGUGUUUGGAUGAGAAGAGGAAGGAUCUUCAAGAAGCCCUGGAUCAAAUACAAAUUCUUGAAACUGAAAUAUCUGACAAGGAUAGAGAGAUUGCCCAGUGCAAAACACAUAUUUCUGAACUAAAUUUGCAUGCAGAAGCCCAGGCAAAGGAGUAUACGCAGAAGUUCAAAGCAUUGGAAGCCAUGGCUGAACAAGUUAAACCUGAAGGUUACCCCACCAAUACCCAAAGUCAUUCAUCGAACAAGUUAGAGAAAAAUGUGGCAAAGCCUCGAGGCUCUGGUUCCCCAUUCAAAUGCAUUGGCUUGGGUUUGACACAACAAAUAAAAUUGGAGAAAGAUGAGGAUCUUACUGCUGCAAGGCUGCGAAUCGAAGAAUUAGAAUCCUUAGCAGCAAAUAGGCAGAAAGAGAUAUUUUCCCUCAAUGCAAGAUUAGCAGCUGCAGAGAGCAUGACCCAUGAUGUUAUUCGAGAUCUAUUGGGAGUCAAAUUGGAUAUGACCAAUUACGUGUCACUGUUGGAUAACCAGCAGGUGCAGAAAAUAGCAGAGAAGGCUAGACUCGAUCAUUUAGAAUCUCAAGUGAAGGAUCAUGAGGUUGAGAAGCUCAAGCAGCAGCUCAAUGAAUUUGUUGACGAGAGGCGAGGGUGGCUGGAGGAAAUUGAUAGAAAACAGGCCGAGCUAGUAACUGCGCAAGUAGAGUUGGAGAAGCUUCGCCAGCGAGAUCAGUUACUUAAAACAGAAAAUGAAAUGCUUAAGAUGGAGAAUGUAAAUUACAAGAAAAAGGCGAUCGAACUUGAAGGAGAAGUAAAGAAGCUGUCUGGCCAACAAAACCUCCAACAACGAAUUCAUCACCAUGCCAAAAUUAAGGAGGAAAAUAACAUGCUAAAGAUUCAAAACGAAGAGCUUUGUUCCAAGCUGCGGUGGACAGAGGUUGUACUUUCACGUGUAAGGGACGAGCUUGCUCAAUAUCGUGGUUCUACUGGGAAAAGCCCUUACGUUAACUUUGACGAGGAGCAACGUUUGAAUAGCAAACUGAGGGAAUCUCAUGAAGACCGGGUGCAACUAGCACAUAAGUUGCUGGGACUGUGUGCAAGUGUUUUAAAGGCUGCUGGUAUAACGAUGCCUAUUUCUGAUGUAUGCCCUGCGGCUGCUGAAGAGGCACUUGGGCAACUCCGGAAUAAAGUCAUCUCACUUGAAAGAGAAUUGCAAAGUUUGACACUUAAGAACAAGAUUUAUAGUGAAAGAAACAGAUUGUCGGAACUAAUGCCCCAGACAUCAUCAACAGCAAGUGCAAGAACAGAUGAAAACUGUCAUACUCCAAAAAGGGUACCCCAAGCUCCAUUUCUUUCUACGUUAGAUCGAUAGCCUAAGUCUCGAAAAUCGACCUCUAAUUACUUACUACUUGUAUACUUAUUAUCAUCAUUUUUUUUGUUUCUUGAGACAAACCUCGACGGCAUGAUUGUAUAUCUAAUGAAAUAAGCAAUGA